AUGGACGUUUCCAAGGUCGCCCACCUCCCCGCGGAUCUGCAGUACAUCCAGUACGAGCACGGCCUCGAAGCGAAAUACCUUCCAGCUAUACGCUCUCUGAUCGCAAAGGACUUGAGUGAGCCAUACAGCAUCUAUGUCUACCGGUAUUUUCUAUACCAGUGGGGCCAUUUGUGCUUCAUGACUUUGAAUCCCGCCGACGGGUCUCUCAUUGGUGUCAUCAUCUGCAAGCUGGAAGUGCACUCGUCUCACUCGCCGCCAACGCGCCGGGGCUACAUCGCUAUGCUCGCCGUGGCCUCGCCAUAUCGCGGUAAAGGCAUUGCUACGGCACUCGUGAAGAAGGCUAUAGAUGCCAUGGCCCAACGGAACGCCGAUGAGGUGGUCCUGGAGACGGAGGAAACCAACACACAAGCCAUGCGUCUGUACGAGCGUCUUGGGUUCUUGCGUUCCAAGAAGCUACACAGGUAUUAUCUCAACGGCAACAGCGCCUACAGGCUGGUACUGCUGCUCAAACCUAUCGACCCGGAUGCCGCGUUUGAUGAUUCGGAUGGCCAGUCUCCCUGA